AUGGCUACUGCUUCAUUGCCUCUGCGGCCCCCUCCUGCGACCGCCCGCACCACUCAGACCGCCUUUUCCUCCGAGUUCUGGGACCUCUACAAGUCGUCCAAGCAAGACACCGGCUACGUGCUGGAUUGGUUGCGCCGCACCGCGGAAAAUGCCGCCCGCACAAAGAAGACCAAGAAUCCAAUUGCCCCCAUUGGCGAUCGCUUGACCGUCCAGGCUCUCCUGCAAGCCAGUGAGCUCGUUUCGAAGCGCCAAGUCACCGCUCCGCUGUACAUUCGAGGCGCCUUCAAGCGCACCCUGGUCAAGCGCAGGCAGAUCACCGAGUGGUAUCGCCAGCGGGAGACCAUCGACCCGACCGUCCAACCUGGCAAUGAAAAACACGCCUUCUUCAACGAUGCACUCGCCACAGCAUAUGCCUUGAUGUUCCCUGACGAAGACAAGCCCGCUGCACAUGUGGAGCCGAAACCUUCCAAGAACUCAGCUGUGGGCCUGAAACCUUCCAAAAACUUCUUCGAUGUCCUCGCCAACAUCCCUGAAGAGGAACCUGGCUCUCCCGUGCUCGAGCUUGCCGAAAGAAAUGUCCCGGAAGACGUGCCAGAGCCGCCCGAGUACGUCUUCGUGGACGACCCGCUCGCCGAGAUCUUGGACCUUCAUCUCUACGUUUUAGAAAUGGACGCCCUCGUUUCUGCCACCAAGCAGUUCUGGAAGCUUGCCGCCAACGGUGAUAUGCCCGUGCCGCUUGCAGCUUGGUUGACCACGGCGGGUUUUGCAUCCACGAAGCGGCUAUGCGAUCUGGUCACGCCCGCCAUUGGCGGCCACAGAGCUCUUCUCUACCAUUACACGAGCAAGAGAGCCGACCUCGGAAUCAGCGGCCUCGACGUGUCCGAGGGCAUGGCCAAAAAGACCGGAGAAACCCCCGUCUACAAGGCCUUCUCCGACGGCCUAGCCCUUGCUUUCCCAUGUUCCGCUUUGGUCAAUUUCAAGAAGGAGAAGCUGCACGACUCUGCCUUCAUGUCUACAGUAGAGCGUCAACCCAUUGCAAAGUCGUUUUUGCCCGAGGAGAAAGAAGAGGAAGAAAAGGAGAAGUUCAUGCAAUCCGUCAUGAAGACCAUCUCAAAACCCAACGAGAAGGAGCUUCCGCAGCAUGAAGCUGUUGCCGUCAUGCAACUCAUGGCCGACCGGCAGGCUCUAGACUCAAAAGCGAUGGAAUCGGUCCUGAGGAGUAUCGCCCAACUCAUCAAAGAUGAAGAUGCCAAGGACACUCGCGUCAAAGACGAUAUGAAUCCUCUGCUUCCCGAGACCAGAGAAUUUCUGGAAUCCAAGGAAGCCUAUCCAGGAACCAGCCUGGUAGUCGGUCUCCAGAUGUUGCUGGAAACAUGCAAGAGCUUCGUUUACAAAGGCGGUACACCGAAUCCUAUGAACUGCCGCAUGAUGGCUCUAAGGUUCGCCCAAGAGGUGACGCAAAGCAUCCAACUCGUCAAUGACCACGACCUUGUUGCAAAGAACCACACGGUGCCGGUGGUGUCUAGCCUUGUUGGCGUGUCUGACAGAUUGAAGGCUUUCAUGCGUGAAAAGAGACUCGAUCUGUACUCACAGUCUCCAUGGACGGGAGGUCAGCAGAUGGCGCAAAUCAUAGCAUACGCACUUGAAGUUGGCCUGUCGCUCUGCAACCAGCGUGGAAUCGUCGGGACUGUCUUGCAUGGCUACAAUGCCGUACAGCAGCUUGCCGACGCACCAAUCAAGAACCCACUUCUGGAUGCACUAUCUGAUUUCAUGUUGGAUGCUGUAUUCCUCGGACGUUUACCGCCAUCAAACUUCCACAGCAUAUGGAUGCGGUUCUUGGGUGGGGGAGUUGAUAAGAAAAAUGUACGUGGCAAGGACGGGAAGAAAUUCUCAAUCACGUUUCCCAAGCGCUCAACAGACCCAAACAACUCCACCGAUUUCCAGAAGCGCAUCGACGCCUUCAAGCUGUCCCUGUUUUUCAACCUCUAUGGAAGUUACUGGAUGGGACGACCAGAAUUCUGGGCCCAAGUCUUCACCAACAGAAAGAAGAAGACUGCGUCGAAGCAAGAGACGCUUCAAUGGGAGACCAAGUUACACAGAAGACCGUUUGGCGAUGCCCUCUACAUGAUGAGCGAUGUGGUGUCGGAGGAGUUCGACUCGGAAUUUCCCAUCGCAAAGGUCAAUUUCUUCGCGGUCUACACCACUUGUGUUGACAUGCUUACGGAGAUAUCCCGGAGAGCAACAGAACAGCGGCCGGAGGAGCUCCGUUGGGCAUGGGAGCUUGGCGUUAUGGAUUCUCACGUCGACUCCGCCGCUGGUUUCGCCUUCAUAAGCCAUCUUCUCCAGGAUAUUGAUACUCGCGCCACCACAACUAAGGCCGACCUAUCAAAGCAUUCUGGAUUGCGCCUCGUGCAAGAUGCUAUCAGCCAUGUUUGGGGAGAAAAGAAGCUGGAGGACUUCUUCUGGAAGAGUUUGUAG